AUUUCUGACCCAAGUCCAAUUCUACUCAUGUUUGCUCGGCAGUCUGCCUCUGACAUCAGGACUUGGACAUAUAAAUAUUAGAAUUAACUCACACAGUUUGCAAACACCACUGCUUGGAGCAGACUGAGAAAUUCAUACCACACAGGCAGACAGCAAGUUCAACCAGAUGAAGAGACAGCUUCAAAAUACCAUGCUUGCCUGGGCUCUUCUGCUUUGCAUGGUAACAGAGGUAUGCUCUCAGCUGUGCCGGGGACCCUGCUAUUGCCCUUGGACUCUACCCCGCUGCCCCCCUGGGUUGCCCUUGGUCAUGGAUGGAUGCAAAUGCUGCCAGAUCUGUGCCCGGCAGCGAGGAGACUCCUGCAACGAGAGAUACUUGUGUGAUCAAAGGAAGGGGCUUCACUGCGACUACAGUGCCAGCUUCCCUGGGGCACCAGGAGUCUGUGUGUCACAAGAGGACUCGAACUGUGAGCUGAACGGGGUGCGCUACAAGGAGGGCCAGGUGUUCCAGCCCUCUUGUAAAUUCCAGUGCCGCUGUUCGGACGGAGGGAUCACCUGUGUGCCCCUGUGCAGCGAGGACGUUCGGCUGCCCACCCCCGACUGCCCAAACCCCCAGCGCAAGGUGCAGCCAGGGAAAUGCUGCCAGGAGUGGAUAUGUGAAAAAAUGGACAACAGCCUCUUUCAGGAUGCCAUGGCAGCUUACAGGCCUGAUGCAGCCAGUGGCGUGGAUACCCAGAGCCAGGGUCUCUACCCUCCUUAUAACUGCAUAGAGCAGAGCAGUGAAUGGAGCGCCUGCUCCAAGACCUGCGGGAUGGGCGUGUCGACCCGGGUCUCCAACAAGAACCGGGCAUGCCGGCUUGAGACACAGAGCCGUCUGUGUAUCGUCAGACCCUGCCAGGACCUCUCCAGAAACACGCCAGCCGGAGCGAAGAGAUGCGAACGCAGCCUGAGAGCAGCAAGACCAGUCAGGUUUGAGCACCAGGGAUGCCUCAGUGCAAAGGCUUUUCAACCACAGUACUGUGGGACCUGCGCAGACUCGAGAUGCUGCACUCCUUACCAGACCACAACCGGCACCGUGGAGUUCCAGUGUCCCCGCGGAAGGACCGUGCAGCACCUCAUGAUGUUCAUCGACUCCUGCGUCUGUCACAAUAACUGUCCGCAGGCUCACGCUACGGUUUAGAGCACAGCGCAGAGCAUUGCAAACUGUGCAACGAAGACGAUCUGUUUCUGAAAGGAACACUGAGCGAAACUGAACCAAGUGUUUAUACACAGCUUCUAAAAAAUGUAUUACAUGUAAAUAUAUUGUAUAUAUUUGUAAACAACAUUAUACUUUUUUUUAUCUAUAAAGGUUUGUUUUUAUUUCAAUAACAAUUGCACUUGUUUGAUAUCUGAUUUGUAAAUAAA